AUGUCCCGGGCACAGUUCACAUACGGGACUGUUUUAAAUUUAUUGUUAUUUUCACUUGCAUCAAAUGCAAGUGAAAUAUUGGAUUCAAGUGAGGAUGAUGGAGGGUUCAUACAAGACCCAAAGGUAAGUCCUUCAAAUAUGAUUUCUUAUGCUUUUAGAUUCGUGAGACCGUAAGCUGGGCCCACAAAUGCGCGGACAAAAGUUUCAUCUGCACCUACGACUGCAACGUAGUCACGAACGCAACAGGUGACUGCGUCCGGCCAAAUGCCACCACCUGUUUCAACUUGAUGGUGGACUACAACUACACCUUGUGGAAGAGCCCCUUUCCACAUCAUCUGGCCGGGCUCCAGAAAUUCCCGACGUAAGUUUCGGCUGUUUUUUUUUUUUGAUCUUUUUGUCAUGAAUAACAUCGCGAUUUUUCAGCUGCUGGCAGGUCCUGGAGCCCCUAAUUUGUGGAAUUUGGUAUCGCCCAUGUGCGGCGAUGCGAACAUUCAAUCUUCGUAGAGGAACUCCGAAGGUAAGAUUUUAAGUUUAUAUUAUUCAUGGUUUAGAUGGAAACUUUCAAAUCUUACGUCAAAACCGAGAAAUUUGACGCAAUUUUUUUGUUUUCAGAUGUCCCAAUACUUCAAGGCAUACUCGAUGGACUAUUGCUACAAAGUCCGAUCAAAAUGCCAGAAGUUCGUCCAUCUUCUGCCACCUGAGCUCGACUGCGACGAAUUUGCUCAUCCGCGGGAAGAGAAGCGGCCAGAUCGCACUCUUUAUAACCCGGAAUGCGAGGUAAUAUCUCUUCUUUUUUCUAGAAAAAUUUUAAAUUGUUUAUUGAAGUUUUUCAUUAGAUUUUAUUCAGAUUUCCCCAGAUGUAGCUAGUAUAAUAUAAUUUAUAUUAAUUUUAGCUGAAGCCGGCGUUCAACCUUACGCUGGCCAACUCUGCACCUCAAUGCUUCCAUCCAUUGAGUUUAUCAACCGGAAUAAAUGGCGUAAGCCCACUGGUAGAUCAGUGCUAUCUUCCCUGCCGGUAAGUUAUAUUAUGUUAGAUCAACUGAUGUUUUGAGCCAAAAUUUGGGCUAGUUUUGGCCAAAUUUUUUAUGUUUAUGAUUUCUAACAGCUGGAUUGACCUCUAAACUAUUUUCAGGACAGACUAUUUUGGGCAUAUCAAUGCCUUCUACCAUUUCGUAGUCGUUUUUUGCACUACGAUCGCCUUGUGUGCCCCGGCUCUGCCGGUAAGUCAAAAUUUUUCUUUUUAUUUCUUGAAAUUUUAGGUCUAUCUGUUGAAAGACAUAAGGAACUCCAAGUUGGCCACUUGGAAUUAUGUCUUCAACAUGUGCACCGCCUCCAUCUGCGUGUAUUACACGCUGUGGAGCAUCUUCUUGAUGUUGGUAUACUUCAAGAAGACAACAGUAUGCCAAAAAGAUGAACUUGGAAACUACCUCCGCAUCGAUUUCCACACAAUGUAAGGGAUUUUUGGAUUAAAAUUUGAUUUUUUUUUUUUUUGAUUUUGAUUUUGGCAUAACUUUGAUAUUUUUUUAGCUGGUGCAAAAGUCAGCGAAUUGCCUUGCAAUUCGUUUUGACUUCAAUCAUCUCGUGGAGCUUCGUCCUGUCAUACUGCCUUCUGAUCGACCGCAACUUCAAGAAGGCUUCGAAUUCCACCAAAGGAAUUCUAACAAUGGUGGUUUACCUUCUUUCGGUCACGUUGGUCGUAAUAUCAAUGAUCUGGGUGAGUUUUUAUUUUUUUUGUCUUGAAAUUUAGAGAAAACCAGUCAGCGGGAUUCGUGCAUAUCUUUGACGGCGGUUGAAGUAAUUUUUGGUCAUUUUUUAUAUUAUCCAUGACUGAUCAUGGAAUUUUUGGUCGGAAAAAACUAAAAUGAAGCCGGGAAAAUAUUAAUAUUGUCAUAGUUUGGCCUUCUAUGACUUUUUGAAGUUAUUUUGAGCUUUUCUUAUUUUUCUUUCAUUUCAGGACGUCUACUACGCCGACCCAUACUAUGGAGUAUGCCAUCCGGGCAUGGACCCCUUCCUGAGCGGGCUCUUCCUCUAUGUCCCGGCCGUCGUGACCUCCAUUUUUCUGUUGGUCACGUACGUGCUGGGACGGCGCUCUGGGCCGGUUCGACCGGAAAGUUCGAAGCCAAUGGUCGGAGUGAAUUUGGGCGGGAUAAGGAUUAAUUUAUCCUUCCCGGGACUGGCCACCAACCUUAUGGUCUUUGUUAUUGGGGCCAUAAGUCACUUCUCGCCGAGCAAGUCCACCCAUGAUGAGAUUGUUAUGGUCAAACGCAGCGUAAGCUGCUUUACCAGCCGAUCGGAAGGCCUUGUUGGGCUGAUUCAAGAAGGGUAAGUUCAAUUUUUUUUUAUCAUGAAUAAUAUAAUUUUUUGGUGGAAUUAGAGGAAAAAUUAACCUUAAUGAUCAUAAAAGAGUAUUUAGUGUCUAGUUACAGCUUUUUAGCUGUGUUUUUGUUGAUUUUUGAAAAAUUUUUUGGUCAUGGAUAAUAUAAUUUUUGGUGAAAUUAAAGGAAAAAUUAAUCGUAGUGGUCAUAAAAGAGUAUUUAGUGUCUAGUUACAGCUUUUUAAUUGUGUUUUUGAUGAUUUUUGAAAAAUUUUUUGCUCAUGUAUAAUAUAAUUUUUGGUGAAAUUAGAGGAAAAAUUAAUCCUAGUGAUCAUAAAAGAGUAUUUAGUGUCUAGUUACAGCUUUUUAAUUGUGUUUUUGAUGAUUUUUGAAAAAUUUUUUGGUCAUGGAUAAUAUAAUUUUUGGUGAAAUUAGAGGAAAAAUUAAUCGUAGUGGUCAUAAAAGAGUAUUUAGUGUCUAGUUACAGCUUUUUAAUUGUGUUUUUGAUGAUUUUUGAAAAUUUUUUUGCUCAUGUAUAAUAUAAUUUUUGGUGAAAUUAGAGGAAAAAUUAAUCCUAGUGAUCAUAAAAGAGUAUUUAGUGUCUAGUUACAGCUUUUUAAUUGUGUUUUUGAUGAUUUUUGAAAAAUUUUUUGGUCAUGGAUAAUAUAAUUUUUGGUGAAAUUAGAGGAAAAAUUAAUCGUAGUGGUCAUAAAAGAGUAUUUAGUGUCUAGUUACAGCUUUUUAGGUGUGUUUUUGAUGAUUUUUGAAAAAUUUUUUGGUCAUGGUUAAUAUAAUUUUUUGUUCAAAUUGAGUUGAAACUGGUGUUAGAUGAGCCGAACUUGAAUAAUUUUCUCAGAUUAGCAAGCAAUUUUCUCUUUUUCAUCUAUUUUCGCUAUUUUUUUAUCAUUUUUGAUAUUGUACAUGAUAGCCAUUUUUUCAGAAAUUCCGCAUCCGAUUGCGUAAUGGACCCUCCAGUGGCUUGGCAGCCAAUCUGGAUCUUCGUCCGCAUGCAUCUGCUCCCAGUUGUGCCUUGCGGCGUAAUUGUGGUCUACCUGUUCUACGCGCUGAAGGAUGGAAUUUUGAAGGCCUCGCCGGAAGAGGAGCAUGAAAUGGAGAGCCUGAAUCCUGCCUCGGAUGAAGAAGCACCAAAAAUGAAUGGGAUAAAUAAAAGGUAAGCGCGAUGAAUUUGGAAAAUUACUUUUUUUUACCAAAAUUUUUUUGUCUUCUUUAAUUUAAUGUCUAUGUCAAUUUCAGCACGUCUGUCACGGGUCUCGACACGGUCUUUUCGUCUAAAGUCUGA